CAACAGCAAUCGACACCCUUGCAUCUGCAAGCUUCACUGGGAGUAAAAACCGCCAUGAUCUAGGUAUCAUUCUGCAGCGUGCAUUCCUGGUACUGCUGCUGUUCUAUCUGCCGAUCGCUGUCCUUUGGAUAUGCUCCGCACCAUUAUUCAGGGCCCUAGGACAAGAAGAGUAUAUUGCACGAGACUCGGCUAAGUUCCUCACGGUUCUUGCCCCUGGUGGGAUCGGCUAUAUCUAUUUCGAAGCUUUGAAGAAGUAUAUGCAAGCUCAAGAAAUCAUGCGUCCAGGCACAUACGUUCUGCUCAUCACGUCUCCGCUAAGUGCAGGGCUCAACUACCUUUUCGUGUACACUUUCAAGAUGGGCCUCUUAGGAGCCCCGCUCGCAACUGGAAUUGCAUACUGGGCCUCUUUCCUGCUCCUUCUCGCGUACGCGCGCUUUGUUGAAGGCUGGGAGUGCUGGGGAGGAUGGAGUCGCAAGUGUCUUCAAAAUACUGGAGUCUUUGCACGGUUAGCCUUCCUCGGUGUCAUCCAUGUUGGGACCGAAUGGUGGGCGUUCGAAAUUGUCGCUCUCGUUGCAGGAAAGCUGGGUACCAUACCCCUGGCUGCGCAAAGUGUAAUCAUGACUACCGAUCAAGUCAUGAACACUAUCCCGUUUGGAGUUGGUGUCGCCACUUCUUCACGAGUCGGUAACCUGUUGGGUGCCCGCAAUGCCAAAGGCGCUGCAAGAGCCGCAAAUGCAGCCGCAGUCCUCAGCAUGGUUCUCGGCGCACUCGUCUUGGCUAUUCUCAUGGGAGUCAAGGACUUUUAUGCAAAGAUCUUCAACGACGAUAUCGAGGUCAUCAAGCUCACUGCGAAGGUCAUGCCGUAUGUUGCUCUCUUCCAGAUUGCAGAUGGGCUCAAUGGAAGCUGUGGCGGCGCUUUAAGAGGCAUGGGCAGGCAGCAUAUCGGAGCGACUGUGAACAUGGUCAGUUACUAUUGCGGAGCUUUGCCGUUGGGUAUCUGGCUUGCCUUCAACGGCUGGGGUUUGGCUGGCCUUUGGAUCGGCCAAUGCAUUGCACUCUAUCUCGUUGGCUUCGGAGAGUGGGUCAUUGUAGCUUGGAGCGACUGGGACUAUCAAGUCAAGAAGGCAUUUGACAGGAUGGACUCCGACGAUCGAGCCGAACUGGGGGUAUCGGAGGAUAUCGUGGCGAGCCCAGCGCAUAACUGAAGAUUGUAGAUAGAUCGCUGGUGUUUCGUGAGCAAUUGGCGAAUCAGAAGGGUUCCUGGCAUUAGCAACGCUUCUUAGACAUUAGAGUAAGAUAGGAAAAUCGGGACCAGCAUGCAGCCAAUGCAAAGUUACAGCCCAAAGUAGAUAGCUAAGCGAAUC